CGGCUGUAUCCACUGCUUUACGGCCGUGUUUUGUUCCGCCGUAAAGAAGGACGCACGGAUACGGAGAAGGUUAAAGUGACUUUAUCCCACACGCACGAUGCCGUUCGUAGACCUCCAGAAUCGGUUGGGGCUGCAGAUGGACCAGUGGAUCCUGCAGCAGAGCGGACCUCAGCCAAACAAACGCGCCGCUCGAUGCCACGCCUUCGAGAAGGACUGGAUCGAGUGCGCUCACGGCAUCGGACAGACGCGUGCCAAGACGGAGUGCAAGCUCGAGUUUGAGGACUUCUACGAGUGCAUGCACAGGGAAAAGACGCAACGAAGACUCUACGCGAUCCGUCAGCAGAGAGACAAGAUGAUUAAAGAGGGCACCUACAAACCUCCUCCGUGCCACACAGGAGCCGAGGGCCAGUAACUCCCCCACCCCGUGUACAUGUGUAUAGUAAAAUAAUGAAAUCAUGAUUCACUGUCCAUCACUUUCCAUUGCAAAUAAAUGUUCUAUCUCUCCA